AUGUGGGCACGGUGGGCGUCGCAAGCUGUCUUCUCCUCAUACAUGACUUCACGAUUAGCCUCACUCAAGUUGGCUCAUUUCAAUUCAUCUUAACGUCAUCCACACACACACAACCGGCUUUCGGACAUGACGGAAAGCUCGCCGAACAAAUUGAUAAACGGGGACGCCUGUCAUCGGACCUCAAACGGGAAACAAAUGAGUAAAAAUGGCUUCGUGAAGACCCACUGCCUCUUCCAACAACCCCCGAAGAAGUACCGUCGCCCCGGGGAGAAGAACCAGAAUGUCCCCUAUAACGCCAGCUUGUACAAGAGACCGUUCGUGGAGUCAUUUGAGGAGACCCCCCUGCUGGUGGCGGUGCUCACCUACAUGGGCUACGGCAUCCUCACCGUGUUCGGCUACCUCCGCGACUUCCUGCGCCACUGGAACAUCGAGAAGUGUCACGUGGCCCGGGAGAGGGAGGAGCAGAAGGAUUUCGUUCCUCUGUACCAAGACUUUGAAAACUUCUACACUCGAAACUUGUACAUGAGGAUCCGGGACAACUGGAACCGCCCCAUCUGCAGCGUCCCGGGAGCCAAGAUGGACCUGGUGCAUAGAGUGUCCCCGGACUACAACUGGACCUUUGAGCACACAGGUAAAGUGGUGAAGGACGUCAUUAACAUGGGUUCGUACAACUACCUGGGUUUCGCAGAGAGAACCGGAGCCUGCGCUGAAGCCGCCCUAAAGUCGACUCACAAGUACGGGGUCGGAGUGAGCAGCACCAGAUGUGAGAUGGGAAACCUGGACAUCCACGAGGAGAUGGAGCAGCUGGUUGCCCGGUUUCUUGGCGUGGAGUCGGCUAUGGCGUUUGGCAUGGGCUUCGCUACAAAUUCCAUGAACAUUCCUGCACUGACUGGAAAGGGUUGUCUCAUUUUGAGUGAUGAGUUGAACCAUGCGUCUUUGGUUCUGGGGGCUCGUCUGUCUGGGUCUACAAUCCGAGUCUUCAAACACAACAAUAUGCAGAGCCUGGAGAAGCUGCUGAGGGAUGCGAUUGUUCACGGGCAGCCGAGAACACACCGACCCUGGAAGAAAAUCCUCAUUGUGGUGGAGGGUAUUUACAGUAUGGAGGGGUCCAUCGUGCGCCUGCCUGAGAUCAUCGCUCUGAAGAAGCGUUACAAAGCUUAUCUGUACCUGGACGAGGCUCACAGCAUCGGAGCCCUGGGACCGCGCGGCCGGGGGGUGGUGGACUACUUCGGCUUAGACCCCAAAGACGUGGACAUCAUGAUGGGCACGUUCACCAAGAGCUUUGGGGCAGCUGGAGGUUACAUCGGAGGCAAAAAGGAGCUUAUCGACUACUUGAGGAUACAGUCCCACAGUGCGCUGUACGCCACCUCUAUGUCGCCCCCUGUGGCUCAACAGAUCAUCACCUCUAUGAAGAUCAUCAUGGGAGAGGAUGGGACACAGCUAGGUGCAGACCGUCUGAGGCAGCUAUCAGAAAACACCACCUAUUUCCGCCAAAGACUGCGUGACAUGGGCUUCAUUAUCUACGGCAACAACGACUCUCCCGUGGUCCCUCUAAUGCUUUACAUGCCGGCCAAAAUCGGGGCUUUCGGGCGGGAGAUGGUGAAAAGGAACAUCGGUACAGUGGUUGUGGGGUUCCCGGCCACGCCCAUCAUUGAGUCCAGAGCACGUUUCUGUAUCUCGGCCGCUCACACCAGAGAAAUGCUCGACACGGCACUGGCAGCCAUCAGUGAAGUGGGCGACCUGCUGCAGCUGAAGUACUCCCGGCGCGUGCAGCCCCUCCCCUCCCUGAGCUGGUCGUCCGAGGAGAGUCUGCUGCAGGACUGAGCCUCUGCGCGUCCGUCCACUCACUGUGCCUCCCCCCGAAUCCUUCUACUGAACACGAGACUGACCCCUCCCUCCCAGCGCCCCCCCCACCCCCCUACGCCGCUCCGAGCACCCCCACCUGCCCACCGUCAAAUAACCAAAGUCGUCAUCGUCCCGCACUGAUCCGAAAAGGAGAACAAAUAGAUCCUUCCAUUUGUCUUGCGUGUUCCUACAAAAAUGUCUGCUCGCGGUUUGUCAUGGCUGUCUAAGAAUGCAUCGCUCCAGAGUGUGCACAUCUAAUGUAUGACUUAAAAUGUGCAAUAAGAAUAUUUUUCUAUAUUUAAAAAUGAAAGUAAUUAUUGCCUUGGCUUCAUAGAAUAAAUAUGUAAGUAUGUA